UUUCCCGGGGAUUUGGAGCAGCCACGCGCGGCCCGGGUGCCCGGAGCUGUAGCCGCUGCCGCGCCAGGAGCUCCAGCGCCGGGGUCGCCACCGCUGCGGGCACCCGCGUCCCAGGCGCGCGCGAACCAUGGAGAGGGCGGCCCAGGGCGCAGACGGCGGCGGGGGCAGCAACAGCAGCAGCCGCAGCAGCAGCCGCGCCACCUCGGCGGGCUCCUCGCCCUCCUGCUCCCUAGCGGGCCGGGGGGUCUCCGGUCGGUCGGCGGCCGCCGGGCUCGGCGGCGGGGGCAGUCGCAGUAGCCCGGGCUCGGUGGCCGCUAGCCCGUGCGGGGGAAGCGGCCGGCGGAGGGAGCCGGCGCUCGAGGGCGUGCUCAGCAAAUACACCAACCUCCUCCAGGGCUGGCAGAACAGGUACUUUGUGCUGGAUUUUGAGGCUGGUAUCCUGCAGUAUUUUGUGAAUGAGCAAAGCAAACACCAGAAGCCCCGAGGGGCCCUGUCUCUGUCCGGCGCCAUCGUGUCCCUGAGUGACGAAGGGCCCCAUAUGCUGGUUGUGUACUCUGCCAGUGGGGAGAUGUACAAACUGAGAGCUGCUGAUGCAAAAGAGAAACAGUUCUGGGUGACUCAGCUUCGAGCUUGUGCCAAAUACCACAUGGAGAUGAAUUCUAAGAUGAUGACCCAGGUGGAGGGACAGCAGAAGAACCUGGUGCAUGCCAUCGAGUCUCUGCCGGGGUCCGGGCCCCUCACUGCCUUGGACCAGGACCUGCUGCUCCUGAAAGCUACCUCUGCUGCCACCCUCAGCUGCCUUGGGGAGUGCCUGAGCCUGCUCCAGCAGAGCCUGCACCAGGCCGGUCAGCCCAGCCACAGGCCCGGGGCCUCGGAAAGCAUCCUGGGAUGGCACGGGCCUAAGUCACACUCCACAGAGCAGCUGAAAAAUGGGACACUUAGCUCUUUGCCAUCGGCCAGCGCCAGCAUAACCUGGGCCAUUUUACCCAACUCCGUGGAGGAUGAACAAACCUGCCCGCCAGAGCCAGAGCCAAACUCAGGCCCCGAAUUGGUUUUGUCAGAAGAUGAAAAAAGUGAUACUGAAGAUCAGGAAGAGACAGAAGUGGGCGUCAUGGAGGAUCAGCGCAGUGUAAUCCUUCACCUCAUUUCUCAGCUCAAACUUGGAAUGGAUCUGACCAAGGUGGUGCUUCCCACGUUCAUUCUCGAGAAGCGGUCCUUGCUGGAGAUGUACGCAGACUUCCUGGCACACCCAGACCUGCUGCUGGCUGUCAGCGCAGGGGCCACGCCACAGGACAGGGUCAUCGGCUUCGUGGAAUAUUACCUCACCGCCUUCCACGAGGGCCGCAAGGGCACCCUGGCCAAGAAACCCUACAACCCCAUCAUCGGCGAGACGUUCCACUGCUCCUGGGAGGUUCCCAAGGACAGGUUCAAGCCCAAGAGGACUGCCGCCCCUACUCCCUCCAGCCAUGAACACUCGAUGGCCGACGACCCUUCCAAGAACUACAAAAUGCGGUUCGUGGCCGAGCAGGUGUCCCACCACCCGCCCAUCUCCUGCUUCUACUGUGAGUGCAAGGAGAAGAGGCUGUGCAUCAACACUCACGUAUGGACCAAAAGCAAGUUCAUGGGCAUGUCCGUGGGGGUCUCAAUGAUCGGGGAAGGUGUGCUGCGGCUCCUGGAGCAUGGGGAGGAGUAUGUGUUCACCCUGCCCAGUGCCUACGCCCGGUCCAUCCUCACCAUCCCUUGGGUGGAGCUCGGAGGAAAAGUCAGCAUCACCUGCGCCAAGACCGGGUACUCAGCGACAGUGAUCUUCCACACAAAGCCUUUCUACGGGGGGAAGGUCCACAGGGUCACAGCAGAAGUGAAGCACAAUCCGACCAACACCAUUGUGUGCAAAGCCCACGGGGAGUGGAAUGGGACCCUAGAGUUCACCUACAACAACGGGGAGACCAAGGUCAUUGACACGACCGUGCUGCCAGUGUACCCAAAGAAGAUCCGACCCCUGGAGAAGCAGGGCCCCAUGGAGUCCAGGAACCUCUGGCGGGAGGUGACCCGAUGCUUGCGGCUGGGGGACAUCGACGCCGCCACCGAGCAAAAGCGGCGGCUGGAGGAGAGGCAGCGCGCAGAGGAGCGGAAGCGGGAGAACCUCCGCGCGCCCUGGCGGCCCAAGUACUUCGUCCCGGAGGGUGACGGCUGGGUAUACUUCAAUCCGCUUUGGAAGGCACACUAAUGGGUGGAGAUGCAGAGCUUUCAGAAAUGGUCCUGUUUUUGUAGGAAUUAAAGUGGUACAGUAUCAAGGUUCUUCUGGUAUUCCCUGAGACCUCUUGAUAGCAUUCAAGACAUGGUACCUGAGAGGGAAAUUAUGUACUGUGAAAAAUGCACCCCCAGACUCUACUAUGGGAUUGAAUUUAUUCAAGAGCCAUUUGGGGCAUGCGUGUGCACACACAUCUGUGUGUAGGCUCUCAGCACACUGUACGUUCACACGCAUGCGCUGUGUCUGCUGGAUAUUAUUACACAUGUAAAUAGUGCACUUACCAAUAUUGAAGUGGGUAAUUAUGAGCUCCUUUUUAUCAAUGAGGUUUGAAGUUUUCUACUUUUCACUUUGCCAAAUACUUUUGCACUCACAAAGUAUUCUC